UUUUCUUUUCCUUUCCCUUCCAACCAGAUGAUAUAUUCAAGAUGUUCGAGCCCGACUCCCUCACUUCGGUUAGAGGAGAAUAAUGGUGUUGGCCCCAGCACGGAAUUAUGGCGGUGUUACACUAUUAAUAAUGUUGGAGAAGAUGGUUGGUUAUAUUUAAGAAGGAAUCUAGCAGCUACGUGGUCUUUGUUUAUAGGGUUCAGCGAACGCCCUUGAAUCACUUUGGGGUGGCGGGCGACAGCAGUCAGGCCUCUGGCAGAUCCCAUCGGGGAUCCAACACCCCCCCCGGCCCAACCUUGGAACUAUACCUGCCAUAGAAAGAGAGAAUAAAAUUAGAAUAGAGAUAUAGGUAUUGGUAUACUAUGCAUAGCGCAUGCCCAACAUCGAACCUCCCGCUCUAUCCCUCUUCAGCGUUGUCCUCCUUCUCGGACUCCUAAUAUCAUAAGUUACAUCGCCCUGUCUCCCUCAUUUCUUACCGCUCCGACGGCACCCUGUGGACGAGGUGGGGGGACCCCGUGGCACAUUUUGAUACCCCCUCGCUUCUACGGGGGGUAAAGAGCUCUUUUGCGAUAGCAGAAAGCAAGAAGAUUGGAGUGGAUAGAGAGAGGAGCCGUGCUGUUGAGGUCACAAUGUCGCCGUUAGAGAGGACGCCGGUUUAUUUCCUGAGUCAUGGAGGGGUGCGUUAAUUCAUUUAUUUAUGUGUUUAUUUAUUCCAUACUUUUGUUUUGUCUGAGUUUUUGCUGCUUGCAUUCAACGUCCAUCUCCAAAUCUAUCAAGUUUUCAAUUUUGUUCACUUACUUGAAUCUCCACCGGGGAUGUAUAACCUUCAUGGCCCCCUCUCCCUAUAUUUUGAAGAAUUUAUUAUCUAUUAACUACUGCACCUUCCAUGCUUAACAUUUCUCUACCUCACAACUAGCCAAACAUCAUGUACGACCAUGAUCAUCCAGCCCAUCGCAAGCUGCAGGAAAUCGGGCGGGAAAUCACUAGCAAGGUGAAGCCUCGUGCCGUGGUCGUUUUUUCCGCCCACUGGCAAGCGUUAAGAGAUACAGUCGAGGUGAACAAUGCUGAGAUCACUGAGCUGAUAUAUGACUUCUAUGGAUUCCCCAGCCAUUAUUAUGAAGAGAAAUUCCCCAACGUGGGGAGUAGGGAGAUCGCGCAGAAAGUGAUAGACGCAAUUCGGGGAGCAGGGAUGAAAGCGGAGGGAGUGAAGAGAGGACUGGAUCAUGGUGUUUGGGCUAGUUUUAAAUGCGCAUUCAACACUGACCAAAACCCCCUGAACGUUCCCAUCGUCCAAGUCUCCCUUUUCAAAACCGAAGACCCCAUCCAGCACUACCGCCUGGGCCAAGCCGUCGCCAAACUCCGCGAGGAGAACAUCCAGAUCAUCGUCUCUGGAAUGGCAGUGCACAACCUGCGAGACCUCCGGUUAACGUACGGAGAUUCUAAGCCAAUGCCGUACACGACUAGUUUUGACGAAGCGCUCAAGGACGCUGUCACCACGCCACCGGCGCAGAGGGAGAAGGCAUUGGUUGAUCUGUUGAAGCGCGCGGAUGCGCGGCAGGCCCACCCCACGUUUGACCAUUUGUUGCCCAUCCAUGUGGGAGCGGGAGCUGCGGGGGAAGAUGUUGGGAAGCGGCUGUGGACUCUGGAGGAGGGCAGCAUGAGUUGGGCGCAGUUUAGGUUUGGGGAGGUUGGCGCGGACUGAAAGAGAUUUGGAUUUUUGGAUGAUGUAUUCUUAUUCUAGCUUUUCCUUCAUCUUUUGUUUUCUUUGUGGAGUGGGACGGGGGAGGUAUCUUUCCCCUUCCACCCCCAACUGGUCUCGGUUUCUCAGUGCGUAUAGCAUGCUUUUUGAAUGUUGGAUAAUAAAGGCAUCGUAUCUUUCUUGGAUGUGGAAGGAGCCAUUGUUCUAUUUUGAGUCGUGUAUAUAUAUGUACAGAAACAGCGGAAAAGGAAGAUAAAUCAUGGCGCGCGGACUAUAUUGAGUCCUUCACCAAAGCUGUAACUUUCUCCUCAA